CCCAGCGACCGGCAGGCUGCCCGCCCGACUUCCCAGCUGCCCCGUGCGGCCCGGGCAUGCCCAGUGUGGGCGCAGCCCCGGCUCUCCGAGCGCCGGGGCGGAGCGGGCAGCCGGGCGCGGAGCAGGCGAACCGAGCCUCGGUGGGCGAGCGCCCGGGCUGGAGCCGCGGCGGUAGGGUGGCGGGGCCCUCCAUGAUGAAUGGUUUGGGGGCACUCCCCUCUCUCUGUAUUUGAUAGUCUGGGCGGUGAAGAGAUGGCCGACAGUGUCAAAACCUUUCUGCAGGAUCUUGGCAGGGGAAUCAAAGACUCCAUCUGGGGCAUCUGUACCAUCUCAAAGCUAGAUGCUCGGAUCCAGCAGAAGAGAGAGGAGCAGCGUCGAAGAAGGGCAAGUAGCCUGUUGGCCCAGAGGAGACCCCAGAGUGUAGAGCGGAAGCAAGAGAGUGAACCACGUAUUGUUAGUAGAAUUUUCCAGUGUUGUGCUUGGAAUGGUGGAGUAUUCUGGUUCAGUCUCCUCUUGUUUUAUCGAGUGUUUAUUCCUGUGCUUCAAUCGGUAACAGCCCGGAUUAUUGGUAAGUAUGCAAAAUCUUGCUCUCAGUGGGGAAAGAGGUUUGAGAUAUUUGUUUUUAGUCUUCCUCAAUUUCCUGAGCACUUCCUAACAUACCAUGUCAGCAAAAUAAUUGCUGACAUGCUCUUCAACCUUUUGCUACAGGCACUUUUCCUUAUUCAGGGCAUGUUUGUGAGUCUCUUCCCCAUCCAUCUCGUGGGUCAGCUGGUUAGUCUGCUGCAUAUGUCUCUUCUCUAUUCACUGUACUGCUUUGAGUACCGUUGGUUCAACAAAGGAAUUGAAAUGCACCAGCGAUUGUCGAACAUAGAAAGGAAUUGGCCUUACUACUUUGGGUUUGGCUUGCCCUUGGCGUUCCUCACAGCAAUGCAAUCUUCCUACAUUAUCAGUGGCUGCCUCUUUUCCAUCCUGUUUCCUUUAUUCAUCAUCAGCGCCAAUGAAGCAAAGACUCCUGGAAAAGCAUAUCUUUUCCAGUUGCGCCUCUUCUCCUUGGUGGUCUUUUUAAGCAACAGACUUUUCCACAAGACCGUCUACCUGCAGUCAGCUCUGAGCAGCUCAUCCUCUGCAGAGAAAUUCCCUUCACCGCACCCUUCUCCUGCCAAACUGAAAGCUGCUGCAGGCCACUGAGCCCUGCUGUCAAAGGGGUGGGUGGGACUGGGUGGAGGAUGAGGCAGCUCUUUUCUCUGUUUUCCUCCCCCUGCCAUAGAAGGCAGAACCCACUGCCAAGGGCCCUCUGCAUAUUCCCUUGUCUUUGAAUUGGAAUCUUGCUGACUCCAGUAUAUGGAUUUUUACCACCACCCUAGGUCUGGAAGGACCAGUUUUCCAGCUGUUUUUUAGCAUUUGCCAGCUCCUGUGCCUGGACUGAUUGAUUUGAGUGCUCUUUCCCCUUUCCUUGUGUCAUUUACCCUCCCACUUCCCCCUGCCUUCCAGCACCCCUGGAUGAAUGGGCUUUGUAAUUUUAACUGUUGUAUUUUGUGAAUUUGUUGUUACUGUUUUUCUGUGAAGCACAUACAUUGUAUGUGGGAGGUAAAGGGGCAUUCCAGUUGCUCCAAUCACUCCCUCUAUAGCCAUCACUGUCUUGUUUUCUGUAACUCAGGUUAGGUUUUGGUCUCUAUUGCUCUGCUGCAGAAAAGGAAAGAAAAGAGUGGGGGAAAUGGAGCCUGAAGAGUUGGGGCAGAUAGACCUCAGCCAAACUGGCUGGGUUUUAAGGAGUCAUGUUCUUUCUUCCCCUUGAAGGGGAAACAGUUUUUUUCACUGGUCCAUUUAAAGUUUCCCAGCUAUGGGAUGGUACCAGUUCUGGACAAGUGCCACUGCAUCAUAGUAUGCUCAG